AUGCGACUUGGGGCUGCUAAAAACACAUUGAGGAUACAAUCUUGUGUCAACGAUGCGACAAGGAAAAAUGAUUUAGUUGUAACAUCGGUUGUCUACGCACCCAACGCCAAGCCGACUGUUGUGGAGAGAGAAUGUAGCCAAAAAUGGUCUCAAGCUUGCUUCCAUUAUAGUUCGGCUAUCAAGGUCAAUCCGCAAUGGGCUACUCUAACUUGUCCGCCUGAAGCCGCGGCAACGGCGUGGCGCUUAGAUGCAGAAGCUGUGCCAGCCUUCCAGAAGCAACAUAAAGGAGGAAUGAAUCGAGGAGCAGGACAUAUGUGGAAAGGAAUAUGUCUUGGUGCCGCCAUCGAAGACAUGAAGGACUCCGAAUUCAAGGCCAAAGUCGAUGCCGAUCCCAACAGGAAGACCAUCAUACAAGGCGGCGUGACAAGAACUCAGGCCGCUAUCACGGCUACAGUUCGGCCAGAAUUUACCAUUAACAAAUGGGGGAAUGCUGCCAACCCACCGGCGAACGAUGGUCUGGAGCUCAAUACUUGUUGGCCAAACAAUAUUGCUGCGGGCGACCCAGGCUUUGCCUUGUUAACAUUUGAUCCAUACUACAACACCCACCCGCGACUAUACAAUUACAGUAUACCAUAUGUUAAAGGUUCGAAUGGUUCCUGA